CAGGGCUUCUUGUACUGGUAUAAAUGUAGCCUCUGUGUGAGCUAGCUGCUUUCUCACAGUAGCCAUGGCUUUUCCUUACUUGUUUCUUGUCUUCUUGCUGUCUUGCACUCUGCUUCAUCAUGGAUGUGCUCGUCCCUUUCGCUCCAGGAAAGCUGCUCCAGGUAAAGAAGAUGACGAUAUGAAGGCACAAAUUGAUAAACUAUGGCAAGAGGUGAACUCCUUGAAGGAGAUGCAAGCGCUGCAAACAGUUUGUCUUCGUGGCAUUAAAGCUCAUAAGAAGUGUUACCUGGUCAUUGAAGAGCCCAAGCAUUAUCAUGAGGCCAAUGAGGACUGCAUUGCUCAGGGUGGAACCUUGGCCACGCCCCGAAACCUGAAGGAAAACAAUGACCUACGAGACUAUGCCAAACUCAGCUCACCAGGCACCAAAGACUUCUGGAUAGGAGUGACCGAUAUUGUUAAAGAAGGCCAGUAUGUCGAUGUCAACAGCAUGCCCAUCACUUACUUCAACUGGGAUCGUGCAAAGAAAGAGCCGACAGGGGGAAAACGAGAGAGCUGUGCUGUGCUCUCGCUCUCUGCACAGGGCAAGUGGCAUGAUGAGGUGUGUCGUACUGAGAAGAGAUACAUAUGUGAAUACCUCAUUCCUUAAUAUAUGUUUAAUAUGCAAUGCUCUAUGCAUGGUGACAGUUUCAUCACUGAUGCUAGUUAGUAAUGCUGUGUAAGGAUGCAAUGUCAUGUUCCACAGAUUCGUUAUAGCAUUAAAUGUCUGGUCAAAGAGUGACUGCAGUCUGUGCAAUAUCACACCUUCAUUAACUAAUUAAUUAAUAUCAGUAUUAUUAAGCAGCAGUUGUUGUUAUUCCCCCAUUAUGAGUUCCCCCAUAUUGAACAAAAAAACAACAACAAAGAAACAUACCCUUUUGAAUGCAGAAAUUAAGGUCAUAUUUGGUUUCUCAAACCUUCACUUUUUUCCCAUAUCUGGAUCACAAGAACAUUGAGUCCCCAUAAAGCAUUCUGAGUUUAGUCUCCCAAAAAUGUAGUAAGUACAAGAAAAUUUGUGUGUGUUUUCACUUUCUUAUCUUAGUUUUAUUUCGUAUCUGUUUUAAGGCCUAUUUUACCUUAAAAUUACAAAUUACAGUGAUUGGUCGACUAAAUAACAUUUUGGUAUCAUACCACACAGCUACAAAGUCCUAAAUUCAACCCUUAAUUCAAAUGAAUUGAUAUAAUACAAUAUGUUUUAAUAUAAGCAAACAUAUAUCUAUUCUUAUCUGAAUAUAUAAAAAUAUUUAUACCUUUAAACAAAGUGUACACUGUGUACUUUUGUGCUUACAAGAGUAAAUAUUUAUUAUGUACAUGACGGACACGUGAUAAUUUAUUGUGAUGAGAUGGCCUGUAAAAUAAUGUGGGCAAAUAUAUGAUGUAUUAGGAAUACAAAACAAGAUAGCAGUCUAUUAUAUGCAGCUUAAAGAUGAAUUGUUUUCCUAGAACAGCACAUCCUGAUGUAUAUUAUACCAUAGCAAUUUUCCGGCGCCUACAUUUUUAGUAAUCAGUGACAUAUCUUGCAUUUGAACUUUUUCUAGGUACUUUUAAAGAUGAUGAGUAACUCAAGUAAUCGCUUACAUUAUAGCACCAUCACAAGCCUCUCUCUUGCCAGGCUUUUUUUUAAAUUUAUUUUAUUAGUAAGAAAAAAACAACAAACAACACCAAAAAUAAAAAGCUCAGCUUGUCAUAUUAACAAGA